AUGGACCAUCUGCGACUCUCCCACACUCUGGCCGAUGCUUUCAAUGCCCUGGCCGACGAGGUCCAGAUCCUGGCCGACCGCAAGACGGUCCUCGAACACAAGCUGCGUUUUGCCCACGAGCAGUUCCAAUACCUGGCCGACAAAUAUGCGCCGUCAACGCCGGAGAUAGCCGAGACGCUCGCAAAGCUGCAGCUGCCUCCGCACACUUCCGUCGACGACACCUCUCCCGUUCCUCUUCCUCAGCGCUCCUCUCCCCAGUCGCAGCAUCACAUCGCCCUCGUCAUCCGCGACGGACGCCGCGCCGCCACCCAGCUUGUCUCCCUCGCCGAACCCAGCAAAACGACGGGCUCCAGCAGGGAGUCCUUGUCGCAUACGUCGCAUCUCCAGACGUCCAUGUCGACGGCCCUGGAACAGGACUUUACUAUCGAGGGCAAGAAGGGCAACCUGCAAUGUCCCUUCAGCCGGCAGUCGGCGGCUGACGAUGACGGGCCUGCGUCGCAACUUGGUGAACAUGACCAGUCUGUCCCCCAUUCAGCGGAUCCCAUCUGCGCAGCCAUGUACGACGAGUCGGCCUCUCAGCCGCCGCCGAGUGGCACUGCCGCCAGCAAGUGUCCCAUUCGAUUCAUGGACAAGCACUCAGCCGAGGAGAUUGCCCACUACGUCGAGACGCACAAGCAUGAGCUGCCGCGCAGCCACGAAGUGUGCCUUCGACGCUACCAGAAGAACGAAGAGCAGAUCAAGAAACUGGACUCCAAGUACGGCAACAUCGUCAGCAUGAUUGAGGGACUUGGCCAAAUCCAUCAGUCGAUGCUUCCCGAGGAGGAAGAGGAGUUGCCGCAUCGGAGUGAUGUGGACAGAGCCUCUAACGAGCGCGUCGAGAACUGGGCCCAGGCCGUCAGCGGUACGGCCGAGUCCGAUGCCGACAACAAGGCGGGUCUCGCCGACGGCGAGCGUCAGGCCCAUUUCGACAGGCCGCUCAAGGAGGUCCGCGUCGGAGAGUCCCCCAGUCGACCAUGGGGCAUCUCCGUCCCUAUCUACGAGGUCUCUGGCCCUGAGCAACAACAUCCGCCGUCGCCCCCGCCCGCCCCCGUACGUAUGCCUAGCCCAACCCGAAGCACACAGGCUCCUGUCACGGGCGGCAAGUGCCCCUUUGACCAUACCAAGCUUGCUGCUCUCAACGGCCUUGGCUUGCACCCCAAAGGCGAAACCAGGGCCAGCCCCACCCCGCAACCUGCUUUCGUAAACCCCAGCUCAUUCAAGACGGGGCAAGGCGGCGCACCACAAAUGAUUUUCACGGGGCCUGUCUUUAUCGGCUAUCCGAUGGAGCAGGCUAUCCAGUUUCUCAACCAGGACCGCGGGAACUCAUGA